AUGGGGUCCAUUUUUGACCCGAAGAAAUUGAAUGAUGUUGAGGGGCUUGUAGCUGUGGUGACUGGAGGUGAGUAAGAGAGUUGGAUGGGUAAACGGAAACGCUGAUGAUGUGACUCUGUAUAGGCGGUACAGGACUGGGGUUGAUUAUUGCGAAGACGCUAGAGCACAAUGGUGCUAAGGUGUUUAUCACGGGGAGACGAAAGGAGAAGCUUGACCAGGCCGUGAAAGAAGCCGUGAGCUUCCAUCAACCGACUCAACAGAUCAAGCUUCAACACACUGAUCGUCUGUAGGCCCAUGGCAAUAUCAUCCCGAUCCAAGGGGACGUCUCCUCCCACGACGACGUCCAGCGAGCUGUCGACUUCGUAACCAAAGAGACCGGCUACAUCGACCUCCUCAUCUGCAACGCCGGCCAAACAACCAAGGACUCCGAUCCCAAUCCCCGUCCGAAACCCACCGGAGAAUCCUCCAUCCAGGAGAUCAGGGACUACUACUUCAACUACCGUCCCGACAGCAUCUGGAAGACGACCCUGGAAACCAACGUCGCGGCGGUCUUCACCACCACCAUCGGCUUCCUCGAGCUCCUCGAUGCAGGCAACAAGCGACGCGCAAAGGAAUCCCCCACCAGCCAAGUCAUCGCCAUCGGAUCCGCGGGGGGUAUCUUGAGAUUUACAGAUUCCUUCAUUUACAACGCGAGUAAAGCGGCCGUGCAUCAUCUGAUGCACAAUCUGGGCAAUUUCUUGGUUCCGCAUGAUAUCAGGACGAAUGUCAUCGCUCCGGGAUGUAAGUUUUUUUUUCCCCAAAACAACCCGUCCCUGCCCCUGGCGGUUCUGAAGCGAAGAGGGGGGGAGCUGACUGUUUCUCUGUUUUGUUCGUUUGUAGGGUUCCCGUCGGAUAUGACGAGCGCUGUGCAGAAGACGUACGAGGAAUCGGGAGGCGUGAUGCCCAAGUCUCUCGUUCCGAGACAGAGGAUGGGGAAUGAGGAAGAGCUGGCGGGUACUGUGCUGUAUCUUGCGAGCAAGGCUGGUGGGUAUUGCAACGGCAAUUUGAUGGUCAUUGAUGGCGGUGUAAGGCAGAAUCAUGCUUAG